CGCCAUGUUUUAGGGAUCUGUGUUGCAGGAUACCUGCCUGCGAGAGAGAGUCAAGGAGUGCUUUUUAAGCCCCUGGAGUUCAGGCCUGGCAUCUGGGUGUUAAGUAGAGUGAACCUCCUGAAGUCCAAACUAACAUAUGACAUUUUAAAAUGAGGAAAACAAAUGGCUCUGAAAAGGUCUGUAGGAUUGUAGGCAGGUGGUUAAUAUGGAAGAUGUUAUAAAGGGCUCAGGUGAUCCAGGGUUGGUUGAAGUCAUUGAAAUUGAAUUACCCUGUCUUUUACCUGUCUGUGGAAAAAAAAGAGAGGAAAAUGACAUCUCCAAAGAUGCUUGGAGAUUUGAUUGAUGUUUGUAAAGUGCUUUGAUAUCUUUCAUAGAGUGUUCAAUAAGAGCAAAAUAUGCCAUCAGAACUUAGUCUAAAGCAAACUAGUCCAAACCAUCUCGAGUAGAUACUAAGUGGUUUUGUGUCUUUGUUAUAAGUUGUACUUAUAUUUUCGAGAGAAAGUUUUUCAUGUUCUGAUUUUCUUUUAAGUAUCAGCUGUAUGCUUGGGGUCUUUACCUGUUAACUUGAGUUCCAAUAUGCUUUGUAGAUGGUCAGUCACCUACAGAGGACAAUUUUUCUAGCCAAGGAGUUAAAUCCACCUUAAAAUGCUUCUUGCCAAGGACAAUGCCUUUGCAGAUAUUUGAGAUGUUUAUUCUCAGUUGUGAUUUACUGAAUCUGUGUCUUCAUAGCGACUCCUUGGGAGGUGCAGGAGGAGGCAGAGCCAGAAAGCAAGUCCCUGCAAUCAGUUCAUUAUAGAGAAAGAAAAACCUUUUAUUUCAGGAUUCUGGUGGAUAGACUUACUGAUAUGUAUAUUCUGUGUCUAUUUAAUUUCACGUAGUGCUGCAUCUAAUCACGCUGUUUAAAUAAUCGGACAGAAUGUCUUUUUGCUUUGCUUUUGCUUGUGAAGAGCACACAGCACUGCCACCUUGUUGCCAAAGUUUGGUCUGAUUUGAAUGUGCUUAAAAAUCAAGUGAAUGCCUGUUGGGAAAAAGCUUACUCCUUCUCUUUGUCAGUACUUGCAAAAACAACUUAAAAGAAGUUAGUAUUAUUGGACUGAAUUCAGUAAUUAGCAUAAUCAUGAUGCUAUGUAUUGUUCACCAGGGCACGCCCCUUGGCCGCAUUUCCCAUUAGGAGGACACCGAUGUUGUCCUAGUGAAUAAAUCCCGGCACACAUGAUGCAAAUCAGCGUGUUCCUGCCUGCCGCUUGGCUGCGGUUAAUUUUAGCCGGGGUUAGUUCUAUGAGUUGUAAAAGUAGAAGUUAGCAAGCUGAAAUGUGACUUCUCGGCCUAAUGUGGUAGGAUAUCUAUUUUAGACUUCAGAUUGUGUUUGUGAUCAGGAGAGCAGUCUUCUGAAGAAUUGUGGCUCAGUUUUCUUGGAAACUACUUGAGGAGACAUCACAGCUUUCCCAGAUCGGGAGGAAAAAUAUGGAAUGUGUUUUACCGCUGACUGAACACAACCAAAUGAACUGUCCUGACAGUAGUUUGCAAACCAGCAGCUAGCAGUUUGUCCAGCCUCUAACAUUGUCCAGCACUUUCCAGAGCAAACUCACUGUUUACAAGAACUCUUGGCCUUACGAAGUUUAUAACCUCAAGCUUUGUUUAUUUAAAAUAUUCCUGCAAAAGAAAAGUACUCGGCACCCACUUUCCAAAAUGGCCAUGGAUGAGUAUUUGUGGAUGGUCAUUUUGGGUUUCAUCAUAGCUUUCAUCUUGGCCUUUUCUGUUGGUGCAAACGAUGUUGCCAACUCCUUUGGUACAGCCGUGGGCUCUGGUGUGGUGACCUUGAGGCAGGCAUGCAUUUUAGCUUCAAUAUUUGAAACCACCGGCUCCGUGUUAUUAGGAGCCAAAGUAGGAGAAACCAUUCGCAAAGGUAUCAUUGACGUGAACCUGUACAACGAGACGGUGGAGAUGCUCAUGGCUGGGGAAGUUAGUGCCAUGGUUGGUUCCGCUGUGUGGCAGCUGAUCGCUUCCUUCCUGAGGCUUCCAAUCUCAGGAACGCACUGCAUUGUGGGUUCUACUAUAGGAUUCUCGCUGGUCGCAAUCGGUACCAAAGGUGUGCAGUGGAUGGAGCUUGUCAAGAUUGUUGCUUCUUGGUUUAUAUCUCCACUGUUGUCUGGUUUCAUGUCUGGCCUGCUGUUUGUACUCAUCAGAAUUUUCAUCUUAAAAAAGGAAGACCCUGUUCCCAAUGGCCUCCGGGCACUCCCAGUAUUCUAUGCUGCUACCAUAGCAAUCAAUGUCUUUUCCAUCAUGUACACAGGAGCGCCAGUGCUCGGCCUCGUUCUCCCCAUGUGGGCCAUAGCCCUCAUUUCCUUUGGUGUCGCCCUCCUGUUCGCUUUUUUUGUGUGGCUCUUCGUGUGUCCGUGGAUGCGGAGGAAAAUAACAGGCAAAUUACAAAAAGAAGGUGCUUUAUCACGAGUAUCUGACGAAAGCCUCAGUAAAGUUCAGGAAGCAGAGUCCCCAGUAUUUAAAGAGCUACCAGGUGCCAAGGCUAAUGAUGACAGCACCAUCCCGCUCACGGGAGCGGCAGGGGAGACGUCGGGGACCUCAGAAGGCACUUCUGCGGGCAGCCACCCUCGGGCUGCAUACGGAAGAGCACUGUCCAUGACCCAUGGCUCCGUGAAAUCGCCCGUCUCCAACGGCACCUUCGGCUUCGAUGGCCACACCAGGAGCGAUGGUCAUGUGUACCACACCGUGCACAAAGACUCGGGGCUCUACAAAGACUUGCUGCACAAAAUCCACAUCGACAGGGGCCCCGAGGAGAAGCCGGCCCAGGAAAGCAACUACCGGCUGCUGCGCCGUAACAACAGUUACACCUGCUACACCGCAGCCAUCUGUGGGCUGCCAGUGCACGCCACCUUCCGAGCAGCGGACUCAUCGGCCCCAGAGGACAGUGAGAAGCUGGUGGGCGACACCGUGUCCUACUCCAAGAAGAGGCUGCGCUACGACAGCUACUCGAGCUACUGUAACGCGGUGGCAGAGGCGGAGAUCGAGGCGGAGGAGGGCGGCGUGGAGAUGAAGCUGGCAUCGGAGCUGGCCGACCCUGACCAGCCACGAGAGGAUCCUGCGGAGGAGGAGAAGGAGGAGAAGGACGCGCCCGAGGUUCACCUCCUGUUCCAUUUCCUGCAGGUCCUCACUGCCUGUUUCGGGUCCUUUGCUCACGGCGGCAAUGACGUGAGUAAUGCCAUCGGUCCCCUGGUAGCCUUGUGGCUGAUUUACAAACAAGGCGGGGUAAUGCAAGAAGCAGCUACACCCGUCUGGCUGCUGUUUUAUGGAGGAGUUGGAAUCUGCACAGGCCUCUGGGUCUGGGGGAGAAGAGUGAUCCAGACCAUGGGGAAGGACCUCACUCCCAUCACGCCAUCCAGCGGCUUCACGAUCGAGCUGGCCUCAGCCUUCACGGUGGUGAUCGCCUCCAACAUCGGGCUUCCAGUCAGCACCACGCACUGUAAGGUGGGCUCGGUGGUGGCCGUGGGCUGGAUCCGCUCCCGCAAGGCUGUGGACUGGCGCCUCUUUCGGAACAUCUUCGUGGCCUGGUUCGUGACCGUCCCCGUGGCUGGGCUGUUCAGUGCUGCUGUCAUGGCUCUUCUCAUGUAUGGGAUCCUUCCAUAUGUGUGAUUUGUCGUCUUCCAGCUGCAAACAGCUAAAGGGAUGGUCUGGUGUUGGCGUGUGGGAGACAUGUGCCCUCGUGCCGCAUAUACACAUCCUGGCCGUGCACGGCUCUCUCAUGACCAGCUCUCUGCCUCCCUUCCAGGAGGCUCCAUCCCACACUGUUCACCCAGGCUGUGGAGACUCACCUUCCCGAGCUAACUUAACUACUGUACAUAAUAGUAUGUAUUAAACUGGUAUCAUGGUGAUAUAAUGUGGUGCAGUUACUUAUAUAUUAAAUAUCUAUUGUAUCCAUAGAAUAGGCAGCGUUAUUUCAAACAUAUUCAAGUUGGGAGUGGAGAUCAUUGCCUAGAAGUCAAUAUUCAAUAAAUCUUGUACAUAACUAUUUCGAUGGCAAAUGUUAAGCCUUUUAAAAGGAAAGCGUAGAUUGGAAAAUGAUUUUUUUCCAAAUGAUGUUUUUCCCUUCUAAUAUACUAUAAGGUAAUGAGCCUCAGGACAGGCGACACAACCCUGCAGAGGUUGCGUGCUGUGGGAUGACAGCGGGACGGGAGCUCACAAGUGCUUUCACUGAAGAUUUGUUCAUAUACUGUGUAUUGAUUCUUGUGUAAUAUAUCAUCAUUGCUUUUGUAAAUACGUAAAAAUGUAAUUUUUUAAUGGUGUGCUUCCCUUAUACUUUUUUGAUCAGAGAAUUUUGGAAAGUACCAAAGAAGCAGGGGAAUCAUUGGCCAGUGUUACAUUUUCACAUUGUCUGUCUCCCACCCUCGCUGAUCACGCCUGCCCCGGAGCAGCGUGUGGCGGUGACACCGUCACCCAGCAUGCGCCACGCCGUGGCUCCCACCAGCAGUGCCGCCGCUGCCACACCCCAGAUCCCGCCCACCCUGCAGUGGCCUUUCCUUGUCAUCAGAGUAGAGAAUGCACAGGUGUUGGUGAGGGUGAGCGGCUGAGCACUGCUUGUCAAGUCCAGGGUCAGUUUCCAUCCCAAUUCUCCCUGCAGCCUGAAGAAUGGAUCCUUGUCUCCAGUGUCAGCACAAAGGAGGGUUUUUCUGUGCUUUGACUUUCUAGCAGUUCAGGGAUGAGAGGGAGGGGGGCUCCUGGAUGCUGGAUGGAGUAUUUCUCUGAGGCCCACACAAAGCUGGACACCCCCAGGCUCUACUCCAUCCCAUUGGAGUCUCUUCUUUUUUGAUAGCAGGAGGGAGGAAGUACGACUAAUGUUGGAGCCUGAAACUAUGGAAAUGCUGCUAAAAUUUUUAUAUUGACAAACAUUUUCUUGGUACUUCAUUGUGAUUUUUCAUUAAUCAACCAUAUUAAAUUUAUAAUAAAAAAUGCCCCUCAGAAGUUUGCCUCUGAA